GAUGAUAAUCCCUAGGGCUGUUCUGUCAUGUUCCAUAGUAUGUCCCAAUCAUUUGUGGCUAUUCCUCGGGAUUUUCUUUGCCGUGUAUGAAGAACUCAACCUAAAGAAAUGGCGAAUUGGUUAACAGUAUUAUCUGUCAUUAUAUUGAUGUCGUGUUGCUUUCWUGAGAGAGUUUCUACAACAUUUAAGACCAAGAACGAUAGUCUCAAGCACUUUAUUACCGUCUCCCCUCAAGGACARGACAAUGCAACAUGUUUAAAAGCAUCAACUUUGAAUGCUUCGCAAAAUACGCCUUGCAAAACACUGAAUUACGCUUUCAACUCGACUAGAAACGKUACGAUGUUUUUCCUUGAGCCAGGAGUCCAUGCUCUUUCAGAAAACGCCACUUUUAACCAAGUGUAUGUUGUACAAUUUCUUGGAAGAAACAACUCAAACGUGACCGUUGAGUGUGCUUCAGAGGUGGGUUUCACUUUCACUCGAAGUGAACAAAUAAUAAUUCAAGGAYUAKSUUUCACGCGCUGUGGAAGACUUCAUAAAAGUACCGUGGGYUCAGCCUUUCGWCCAAUCCAUAAAGAACAUGUUCCAUUCCAUGCUGGGGUGUUUUUUGCUUAUUGUCGACACAUAAUCAUGUCCAAUGUCGUGAUAACUAACAGUCGUGGAAUCGGUAUGGUAUUGUAUGACGUCGGUGGAAAUGUCAGAAUCGUUAAUUCGAAGUUCAAAAGAAAUUCMCCUGAUCCUUAUAAUAACUGUACACAUGAGUGCUUUUAUACAAGYUCAGGUGGUGGUGUCUAUGUGGAAUUUACGUACAAGGGCGCUCUCCCACCUUUUAACCAGUCAGAUCCUGAAAGACUUCAAUAUCAAAACAAUAACYUUUACACCUUUGAAAMGUGUGAUUUUGAACYAAACUUGGCUCCUGAACAGUGCUUUACAAAUAAAAUUGAAUUCCCAUCUGGUGACGAGCAUAUGCCAUUUGGUAGAGGAGGUGGACUGUCAUUCUUUAUCAAAGGAACAACAAGAAAUAAUGCUAUUAGCAUUAAUAAUUGUAACUUUGUUCUUAAUGGAGCUGUUUGGGGAGCAGGUUUGUUUGCAGAGUUUCAGGAUAGCUCCCAAAACAACACAAUGACUAUUUCAGGGUCUAAUUUUACCAGUAAUUGGAACAGCACUGCUGGAAGUGGCAUACGCACAGGGAUACCAAUAUGGUCAGGCAAACUUCUAGCUAACAACAUCAUUCACGAUGGAUGUACUUUUGUGAAUAAUUCUGCUAUGUUUGGUGGUGGAGUGUCACAUUAUGGACCAUUGUAUCGUCCUUUUAAUGAAGAUGACAAUCAUCGUGAAGUUGUCUACAGAAACUGCAAAUGGAUCAAUAAUCAGGCAACUUUGGGAUCAGCUAUUGGACUCUCUACCUCUGCCCUAGAUCUUCCUCUAGCCAAUAUUAAUCCUAAAGACAAAGGUGUGCUUCUUCAUUACAAAGUUWGUCUUGAAAACUGURGUCUUGAGAAUAAUCAAAUUAUAAAAACUGAAGACAAAAUUGUCAUUGGUCAGGGAGCUUUGUAUACAUAUGCCGUACCAGUAGUUGUCAAAAGAAAUACACAUUUUGAAAAUAAUAGCAAUACAGCUUUAGUACUUGAUGGAGCCAUCUUUCAAGUCUUUGAUAGUCUUUCCUUCAUAAAUAAUACUGGAAUGAGUGGUGGUGGAAUUGGUAUGUAUGGAUUGUCAGUCAUUGACCUAAUGCCGGGAUCCAGCCUGCUUUUCAAGAAUAAUUGUGCUGAAGAAAAAGGAGGUGCAAUUUUUGUAGAUCAACGCGGCCCCCCUGUGGUGGCAUUUAAAACUACAGAACUUAACACCCAUCCUUGUUUUCUUGUAUACAAUAACUCAAUGAAUUUGCAACAUGUUAAUGACUGGCUUACUAACAUCACAUUUGAUUCAAAUAAUGCAUCUGUGGGUGGUGGUAAUUCUGUUUAUGCGACAACUCUUCAAGGUUGCCGAAGACCUGGUGAGGGUAGGACUAACAAUCAAUCCCUUCAGUGGRCSAUUGUCCAUUAUUUGAGGAACGACAACCAACCAAAAGAUAUUGGACUUGAAGUUUCCACAGAUCCUAUUUUUAUAGAAAUCGUUAAGAGCGACUGGCAUAUGUCUCCAGGGGAGGAAUUCGGAGUUUCAAUCAAACUGAUUGGAGAAAAAAAGAGCCCUGUCCAAGGGGUAGUCAAAUUAAGUCUAGAAGGUGAUGSUAAAUUAGGAAUUCCAUCUCCUCUUUUGCUUAUCAAAGACCUUUAUGGUACCAAUAAAGUACCAGGUCUUAGCAUCAAAGGCACGUGCGGUAGCGUCUUCAGUUUGACUUUGAGAACGGUCAGUGGACAAUCUAUAAGCACAAAGGAAACCAACUUACAGCUAUCUGAGUGCAACCCAGGAUUUUACCUGCCAAAAGGUGGUGAUGAAUGCAUCUGCUCCAAGGAAAACAUCAUUGGRAUCUCCCGAUGUACUGAAGACAAACGAGACGUUUUUAUCAAGAACGGUUACUGGGGCGGUAWGGUACCUGGUGGUCGAUUUGAUACUUUUGCUUGUCCGUCAGGAUACUGUAAUAAGAAAAACAAUGAAUUUACAAAGAGGGAGUACAAGCUUGUCAAACGUAAUUUGUGCGAGAGUCACAGAAACAGUUCAGUUCCAUUGUGUGGAAGGUGUGAUGAAAACUACACCGUGUCGCUCGGCAGCGAACAGUGUCUCUCAACAGAGCACUGUAAUAAGGAACGAUUGUUGCUUCUAAUUGUUUUCUUUUUARUAAUGCUGUUGUUUGUYCUUCUUGUGCUCAAGAUCGACGURGACCUCUUUUCUGCGUAUUUAAAUGUCUGGCUUUACUCGUAUCAGAUCAUCAUGUACCUCAUUAAAGAAAAUGAAGUUUUUGACGUUUUCAUAUCGUUUGUAAUUGGACUUGCCAACGGGAGAUUUCACGUCACUGGUUUUUGUCUUAUGCCAGGACUAACUGACUUGACAAAACUCGGCAUAAACUACAUUGUCCCUUUUUACAUUCUCUUCGUGCUGCUUGUGCUGUCAAAAAUCAGCAAGUUUUUCCCUCGUUGCUACAUCAACAAAAAUGUUUCCCAUGCUCUAUGCAAUCUCCUGGUGUUCUGCUACACGGACAUCACCCGAAUAUCGUUCAGCAUCCUCCAUUAUGUACGCAUUGGUGGAAGAAGCGUGUUGUUCCUAGAUGGUGACYUCGAAUUUGUUGAAGAUUGGAAAACCCACUUGCCCCUCACUAUCAUGGCGAGUUUAUUGGUGAUUUUCUUUGUGGUUCUAUUCCCAUUGACRCUGCUUAUUACGCCCUGGUUCUUUGAGAAGUUUCCUUUCCUCGUUAGGUAUCGGCUMUUCUUUGACCUUUUCCAGAGUUGCUUUGAUGACCCAGAAACAAAGAGGAAGCACCGAUGGUUCGCUUCGUUUUACUUCUUUUGUCGCAUCUGGAUUAUCGUGAUCUCGAUGUACUUACCGCUUGGACCGCUAAAGAGAUCCAUUCUGGAAGUUUCAUGCGUCGUUGCGUUAGCAACGUUAUUGUAUAUUCAACCUUACAACACGAAGUACAAAUGGCUUAACACAACCGACGCCUUCUUGUUAGGUAAUCUUUACCUCAUCACUGUACUCAGUUCUUCUUUGAAUAGCGAUGCACCCACCAGUACCAUCAAAGGUCUGAAGAUUUUCAUCAACAUCCUGGCAUAUGUUCCUCUGCUGUACUUUGUGGUGCUGACUGUUUAUUAUGGACGCAAAUAUUUAAAAGAAAACCGUGGAACAGUUCAGCAUGUCCGUUUGAAUGAUGAAACUACAGAUGACGAUAAGUCGAGGGAGGGCCAAGGGGAGGAUGAAGCCGAGACCUCAAGACAAAACACUGAAGUGGCUUCUCACAAGUCUGAAUCGAACGCACGUCAACACCAAAUUAUGACUUCAACAAUGGCAAAUCGGCAAAAUUAUCYCAAAAAAUCGCGAGUGGCUUGGGAUAAUUGGAAGCCACCAAACKUUGGUGCAUUCACUGUAACACCUGGUUUUGCCUACAAUAUUGCUCGCUGUUYUCCAAGUUCGUCGCGAGCUUCRGACAGAGAUCUUUGCGUACAGUUAAUGCAAAAACUUGGAAUAUCGUCUGARCCAGGAGCUUGGUAUAUCACAGAUAAAAAACACAGAACAUUCUCUAGAAGACCUCCGAGCGCACCACCAAGAUUACGAGCCAUGGAUAGUUAUUCUCAAAAUCCAGAGAAAUUCUAUAUGACAACCCACAAACGAGAGUUUACUGGUCUACAAGGACAUCCAGCACCUAACGCCAGACCAUCAUCAGCUAAGAUAUUCCCAGCUCGAAWGAAUAAUYACGAAACAUCCUAUGGYAAAGAUUUUUGUAAAAAGUAUUUCAAACAAGAUGAGCGAAGCCAAAUUUCGCCGAGAAAUAAUCCACAUCCGUCAAAGGCUUUCAUGACUUGGAAAUUCAGCAGUUCACAAAAACCUGUCCUCGAUCCCGCAGCAUAUACCACUGAAAACAUGGAGGAAAUAGCAUAUCAUCAACUAAAGACGACUUACCAAAACGACUUCACAGGGAUCCCACAAGGGGUUCAAAUACAGACGGUUUUUGAUGGAGAUGUUUCUGAAAACCUCCCUAAACCACCAUACACUUUAGACUCAACAUCGCGUUACAGCUACCAAAAACCUGUGAUAUACGAUGAGCUACAAUGCCCCACCUUGACACGAUACGGAUGCAAUCGAAACAAAUACAAAGCCACUGUAGGAGCAGUUCCAACUGUUACAGUAGCACAGCCUCAAAUGCACCUCUCUGGAAGAACGCAAUAUACUGAUGAAUAUAAAGACGUCCUGUCCAAAGUGAAAGGCAAUCAAGUGCGGCAUAAAUCAGGACCAAUUCCWGCCUUAGAAGAGUUUUUAAAACAUGCAAGUCAACAAGAAAGAGACUCUUUACUGAAAGAAUUGKAACAGAUUGUUAGAAAUGACAGCAAAGAUACUAGAAAUCCUCAGUGGUUCUCAGACUAUGCUGGACCAUCUUGAGUCAUUUAUUUGUUAUCAAUAAAACCGUGCAUGCAGAACUAA